AUGCAGCCACAAUUUCGCCAGUAUGCACAGCAGGUGCCGCCGAGGCAGCCACAAAUGGGCGGGCAGCGCCGUGGCCCAAGCAUUGGGCAUGCAAUCGCCCCGGGCCAAAUGUCAAUGAUGCCUGCCGGCGCGCAUCCGCAGAUGGCCAUGAACCCGCAGCAGAUGCAGUCCAUGGAUCCGAGUCGCCAAGUCCAGUCGAGCGAGGCCGCAAAGCGCAAAGCGCGCAAGCCGACCGAUAAGACGAUGCCGGAUGGGGUCGAAUACAUAAUCAUUGGUGACGGCGUGCAACGGUACAGGGACUUGCGCGACUACGAGCGCCGCCUUGACGCGACCAUGUCGCGCAAGCGGCUGGACAUUGUUGAUUCAAUGAGCAGAAAUCCAAAGCGCUCCAAGACCAUGCGAAUUUGGAUCAGCAACACCGUCGACGACCAACCGUGGCAGGCAGCCAUAACGGCAGACAACUUUGACUUCUCUGCGAGCUCUGACUCUACCUAUCGUCUCAAGAUUGAAGGUCGCCUCCUCGAUGAUGAAGACCUGACACCAUUCGGGUCCGAGCCUGCAAAAAAGGAUGAGGAGGAAGCGCAAGGAGCAGAUCGAAUGGACACAGAUGCUCCCCCCAAAGAAAAGAGUGCUGCUUUGGCGGGACAGGGACCGCGUCCGAGAUUCUCACAUUUCUUCGAGUCCCUCUCCGUGGUUGUCGACCGAGGCCAUGGUGCCGACCCGAACGCUCAACCCGAACAGAUUAUAGAAUGGAGCAAGCCCGCGCUACCACAGCCAAAAUCGCAAAUGACAAAGGCACCACUGCCGCCAGCAGCCGAUUUCGAUGAGAUAACGUUCAAGCGAAAUGGCGACGACAACCUCAACGUUAAAAUCAUCUUGACGAGGUCCGAGGAGCCCAAAAGAUACGCCAUAAGCCCAGCAUUGGCAGAAAUUGUCGACAUGAAAGAGGGCACACCGCAAGAGAUCUUGAUACGGCUCUGGGACUACAUUCGGUUGAUGGGACUGUUGGAGGACGAGGAAAAACGCAGGUUCCGCUGUGACGACCUCUUGCGCAAGGUUAUUGGAAAGACGCCGGACGGUAACCCUACCAGCAAAAUGCAAGACGGAGGCGCCCCGAAGGACAUAGAACAAGAUUAUAUUGUCAACCUGUCCAAGCACAUCGAAUACCACCUUGCGCCUCUGCCGCCCAUCGAGCUGCCUUACACGAUUCGGAUGGAUGAAGAGUUCCACAAAAAUCCCACGCCAACAAUUUACGACGUGCAAGUGAUGGUGGACGAUCCAUUGCGAGCACGCAUGUUCCCAUUCAUCCCCGCCAGCACACAGCAGAACAACACCCAGACCAGUGAAUAUGCUUCAAUGCUCAAGGAGGUUGCGCGGCUCGACGAGCAGCUGGCGGUGCUGGUAGGCGCGGUGGGUGAGUCCAAGCUACGGCACCAUUUCUUCAACCAGAUGAGCGAGGAUCCUACCAAUUUCAUCAAAAGCUGGUUGUCAUCGCAACAGCGGGAUCUUGAUAUCAUCUGGGGUGAGUCAGUGCGCGGAGGUGAUAUUUCGGGCGAUGAGUGGCGGCGCGGCGGUGUGGAUGGCAUUUGGAAUACUGAGGGUGCACGAGAGAGCGUUCAGGUCAUGCUGGCUAAGCAGCCUACAUUCCCGCGCUGA